GAAAUGUUACGACGCCAUCUAUAGUAAAAGGUUUAUCUCUUUCGCUUAUGAAAAGGCUGAUAAACGGCGUAGAUAUGUUAAAUAUUCGAAAUGCGGCCCGUCACAACCAAAAUUAUAAGUUAGUGGUUGUUGGAGGUGGCGGAGUCGGCAAAAGCGCGUUAACUAUUCAAUUUAUCCAGAGUUAUUUUGUAACCGAUUACGAUCCAACUAUUGAAGACUCUUAUUCGAAGCAAUGUGUCAUUGAUGGAGUUGUUGCUCGCUUAGACAUAUUGGACACUGCUGGACAGGAAGAAUUUAGCGCAAUGAGGGAACAAUAUAUGAGAUCAGGGGAGGGGUUUAUUGUUUUAUAUUCGGUAGCCGAUAGGAAUAGUUUCGAUGAUGUCUCGAAAAUGUUUAAGCAAAUCUGUCGUGUAAAAGAAAGUGAAGACUAUCCGAUGCUGAUCGUUGGUAAUAAAAUCGAUUUAGAGAAUCAAAGAAAUGUUUCCACGGAAGAGGGACGUAAUUUGGCAAACAGUCUAGGUCUACAAUUUGUUGAGGCAAGUGCCAAACUGGGAACAAACGUUGAACUUUGUUUUCAUCAGUUAGUACGGAUUGUUAGGAAGUAUAGAGCCACAACUACACAAGAUUCAAAAAAUUCCUGCCGUAAAAAGUGUAUCCUGCUCUAA